AGAUUCAUCUGACCGGAAGUGAUGAGGCACAAUGAACUGGGAAUCCAAUUCAACGUUGGAAUCUAGGGUGGACGAGCUGGAUUCAUCUUUUUUCAAUUUAUCGUUCACGACGGCCGAUGGCCCACAUUUACCGUCGCAUCCCGCGGUCGAGUUGGACAUGUCGGUCAUUGAACGUUUUCGAACCAACCGUCGCGUUAACGAUCUCGCCUUCUUUUGUCUGGUGGCCGCUUAUUGCAUCCUCAUCAUCUUCGGAACGAUCGGCAAUUCGCUUGUCGUCUAUGUCGUGGCCCGUCAGCCGGCCAUGAGGACGGCCCGUAACGUCUUCGUCGUCAAUUUGGCUAUUUCUGAUCUACUUCUUUGCCUCAUCACUAUGCCAUUGACGCUGAUGGAGAUCCGGUCAUACACAUGGCCGUUGGGCAAUUCUCCCGUUUCGUGCAAGAUGGUCGGCUCGCUGCAGGCCGUUUCAAUCUUCGUCUCAACGCUGUCCAUCACGGCCAUUGCUCUGGAUCGUUACCAACUGAUCGUCUACCCGACCAAACGAGCUUUCCAGCUGACGGGCGCAUCGCUGGCCUUAGCGGCCAUCUGGGCCAUCGGCAUCGUAUUGGCACUUCCGCUUUUUAUCGUCCGCACGCUGGAGCAUCACGAUAUCCCUAUACCCAAUUCGCCCAUUACGUCCGUCGACUAUUGCCUGGAAGAAUGGCCUAACGAGAGGGGCCGCUCGUUGUAUUCCAUCGGUAGCAUCCUGGUCCAAUACGCCCUACCCAUCAUCACCGUCUCGGUGGCUCACGCUCGCAUCAGUAACAAACUUCACGAUCGAAUGGCUUCCAUGAACCAUCAACUGAUACGCCCACAGCUAUGCAAUAUGGAGUCCGGCAACGGCCAGUCCAGUCAGCAUCCGGCAGUGAAGGAAUCGGCAACAGACUGCCGUACAGCCGCCAGAGAAGAGAAGCUUAGAAAAACCAACACUCUCCUUAUAACCAUCUCCAUCAUUUUUACCAUUUGUUGGUUGCCCAUGAACACGUUCAACGUCGUCGUCGAUACCUGGAACGUCUUUGGAGAUGACACAGAAACGAUGUUGAUUGCCUACGCUGUUUGUCACAUGGUGGGCAUGUCAUCGGCAUGUGCUAAUCCGUUGCUCUACGGUUGGUUGAACGACAACUUCCGCAAAGAGUUUCGCAGGCUGGGUAGAUCCUUUAUCGCCAAACGGCGACAUCAGAUAGGCGGGCAGAGCAUCCAGCCGGACAAAACGAUCAGCAGGCGACUAGAACUCGCGGUUAUCGUUGAACGAGAAGACCAGGAGCCAUUGGGGACUCCGAUGAUUGGUCUGUCCCAAACGAGUGGUGCAACCAUCAACGUCUUAUCAACGUCGUUCAAUUUGGUCCAUCAUUCGGGAGUGAAAGCCACCACCCACCUGGACGUCGGUUUGACUAAUGAUCAUGUCAUAGAAAAUAACUCCAUGUCAGCUCACGCCGAACAGCCAAUUUGAUGAACGACAUGCGGAAAACCAUUCAACACUACAACUUGACGGUGUAGUCUCCCCGUUUUCUUUUGUUAUGAUCAAAGGUCCAUCAAAACUCAGUUUUCAAUCUUUACUUCAUUUGUUAUAUUCUUGGAACGCAGGUGAAAACCUGUGCUUCACUUUUCGUUCACGUUCAUAUAAUAGCCAUUCAU